ACACAGAGAUAAGGGGUCACUGACAGUCACUGAGAGCCCCUUCAGCAUCAUGGAGAAAGAUCGCAUCCUGGGUAGCGACAUCUCUUCGUCGUCCAGGUUCAGCCGCAAGUUCAUCAUCAUCUCCGCGACGCUGCUGCUGCUGCUGAUCGUGGUGGUGGUGACGGCCGUGCUGCUGGGGGUCUUCAUUGGGGGCAAGAACGCCACGGAGCUCUACCAGUUGUCCGUGCAUAAUGACGGCAAGGUUGAGCAGCAGACGGUGCAGGUGAAUCCCAAGGAGAACAUCGCCACCUUCUACAUCCAGAGUGCCAACCUCUCCUCCACCGUGCUCCUCGACUUCAACACGAUGCUGAUGGUGCUGAGAACAAACAACCUUGACAGCUGCUACGUUCGGAAAAUGGAGGGCGGAAACUUCACAUCGCUGUCAGAUCUCAGCAACAGCCUCAAGAACCUCAACGGUCAGCCGGCGCAGGAGAGCGACAACUCAAGCUCCACAUCGUUCAUCCCUGGUCCCGAGAUCUUCGACCGAUCCUUGUUCAGCCGCAGCGCCAGCCUCCUCUGCCAGGACGUGAGAUCGUUCUGGCUCGUCCAGGGUGACCCCAACACCCGGGAAAUAUGCAGGACGUGGAGGAGCAAAAUAUUAUGUAUCUUCAAUUGGUGUGUUACGAUCAAGGCGUGCAUUUCAUUGUCACGUUAGAUUGUUGAGAGGCACUUGUUGGUAAGGCCCUGCGUUAGGUUAAUCAAUAUGGGUGGAACAAGUAGUCGGGUUACGGUGAUUUAUAAUCUUAAACUACACGCGGGGUUUGUGCGCUUCUGCUCUGUUGGCUUUCACGUCGCAACUCGUCCAAAAAUCACCCUUCAGAAACCCACCGGUUGGAAAUUGUCAUGAGGCCUCAAGUUAAAAAAAAUACUAGCUGUACUACCCGGCUUCGCCCGGGACUUGUAUCCACCACGCCUUGUCUCCCCAGUGGCGAUGUUAAUACGCCACACCAGUUACUCGUUUUGAGGCUGAGUCCCUCAUUCACCACUCUCCCUCCCUCAACACUCUCCCUCCCUCACCACUCUCCCUCCCUCACCACUCUCCCUCCCUCACCACUCUCCCUCCCUCACCACUCUCCCUCCCUCACCACUCUGUAGAGGACGUGAAACUUUGAUAAAUUUACCUCAGAGUCGCGUGGAGGGUGUCGAGGCCUAGCACCGUGCAGAGCCUCCGGCCUCGCCUGAUUUUCCCACCCGGCUGAGGCUGGGUACGGGUGCCGUUCCCCCCCCCCCCCCCCGCGCUACAAUAAUACUGUCUAAUCGCUAUAAUUUUAUAAUCUACCGACCCUAUAAUAGUAAUUGCACACAUUGUGGUGGAGGGGGGGAGUGAAGAGGACGUGAAACUUUGAUGAAUUUACCUCAGAGUGGCGUGUUAAUGCAUGCGCCUAUUUUUAACGGGAAUUAAAAAUGGCGUCCACCCCGCGGCGAAGGCGUCGCUACCCGUUGCCAGGGGCAACCGCCGUCCAAUGAAACUGCGUAUGGUCCGGCGACACACAGACACACACACAGACAGACAGAUUUGCGAUUUUAUAUAUAUAGAUAACGUUAAAUAUUUUAUCUCCCCACCACCACCACCAAUUUUUGUCUGUCCAAAACUGAACAUUUUCCAUUUUGGAUGGUUCUCGUUACAACUACAGUAUAUGUACAUGCAGCCGGUCUGCUGUGUCCCCUCUUGAAUCCUUUCGAGGGGGGGGGGGUGCGCACCGGUUGGCUAAACAGACAGCGACAACAGCGGUAAAAAUAAUAAAGUUCGGAGACGAUGAGUAGUCGUCACUAUGCGCUCUGUUCUGCCCUCCGGAGAAGUGGUUGCGACUCCACAACAGCUGAGCGCCAAGGGGGGGGGG